GUUGUAGAAGGUUGACAGUCAAAGAUAUUGCGAAGCUGUGCGAUGCCGUUCCUCCGGAUUUAGCGGACCUGAUUCGGAAGUAUCCCGAAAUUUUCCUGGACGACCUGCCUGCUGGAUUGCCGCCGAGCCGAUCAGAAGACCAUCGCAUCCAGCUGGAACCAGGUGCCCAACUGACAGUACAGCGACAGUUUCGGCUCAGCCAACCGAAACUGGAGGAGCUGCAGCAGCAACUGGAUUAUCUUCUCACGAAGGGUUUUAUUUGGCCCAGCACGUCCCCAUACGCCGCCCCGAUCCUGUUCACCCCGAAAAAAGAUGGAGGAUUCCGCAUGUGCAUCGACUACCGCGCCCUCAACAGGAUCACAAUCAAGUCCCGUUACCCGAUCCCGCGAGCUGACGAUCUACUCGACCAACUUCGCAGAGCGAAGUUCUUCUCGAAAAUCGAUUUGCGAGGGGGUUACCAUCAAAUUCGAGUCGAUGCCGAAGAUUGUCACAAAACCGCCUUCCGAACCCGCUACGGCAGUUACGAAUACCUGGUGAUGCUAUUUGGACUAACGAACGCGCCCUCGACAUUCCAGAUAACCAUGAACGGUGUUUUCCGUAAACUCUUGGAUAAAUGCGUAAUCAUCUACCUCCACGACAUCCUAAUCUACAGCCGCAGAAGGGAGCAACACUUAAAAGGAUCUUGAUGCAGUCUUCACGCUGCUGCAC